AUGGCUAUUUUAUCAUGGCUCUCCGCCGUGGCGCUGGUGACAUCGGCUGUUGCGAUGUCUCCCGAGCAAUUCAUCUCUGCCCCUCGACGAGGCGAAGCGAUCCCGAACCCAUCAGGACAUGUUUCGGAGAUCUUUUGGGCUAGGGGGAGGAGGAUUCCCAAGUUCCUUAUAUCAAUAGCACUAGCUCAGAUGUGCCAGGUGGAGUUGACCUAUUGGGCUUCCGAUGUUAGACAUUUUGGAAAAAGGUUGCCUCAUUCAAUGGGCCCCCUUCAAGAUUUCAAGGCUGUAAGGACCAAAUCAGGCGACGUUAAUUUCGUAGCCUCUGGUAGAUCGACAAGAGAUGGCAAACUUUACAACAAAGAGCAGGCGGAGAAGCGUUAUAGCUCAGCUCGCAUUUAUGACAGCAUCUAUGCUCGCCAUUGGGAUACUUGGCUGACUCCAGAAUUCAAUGCUGUUUUCUCGGGCACGUUAAAAAAAGGAUACGGCAAUGCGUACACCUUCGACGGGGAUCUCCACAACCUUGUGUCUCCCGUAAAGCAUGCUGAAUGUCCUAACCCACCGUUUGGCGGUGCGGGAGACUAUGAUCUGUCGCCUGAUGGAAAGACUGUUGCGUUCAUGAGCAAAGCUCCGGAGCUUCCAAAGGCCAACCUCACCACUAGCUACAUCUUCAUUGUUCCCCACGAUGGCUCUUCCGUUGCUUUUCCCAUAAAUGGACCUAAGAGCGGCGCCGCUGUUAAUGGCAUUGUCGGUGCUUCAUCCAGCCCUGCAUUUUCUCCCGAUAGCAAGAAGAUCGCAUAUCUACAAAUGGAGGAACGCAGCUAUGAGGCUGACCGCAGAACCGUCUACGUUUCCACCUUGGAUGGAAGCAAGAUUAUCAGCCUUGCUAGCAACUGGGAUAGAUCUCCCGAUGCUCUUAAAUGGGCUCCUGAUGGAGAGAGCUUAUAUCUGUCUGUCGAGGAUCGCGCUCGGGGCAGACUAUUCACUCUUCCUGCUAAUGCAAGCGCAAAUUACGUGCCCAAAAAUUUCACAGACCAUGGUAUUGUUAGCGCCUUUCAUUUCCUUAAAGACUCGCCGUCCGUUCUCACCACUACAACUACAAUCUGGUCAAACGCCAUCUACACCAUUGCCUCUCCUGACGAGAAACCCAAAAUUUUAUUCUCUGCAAACGAACAUGAUGCGGAAUUGGCAGGUUUAGGCCCCGAAGAUAUCGAGGAGUUCUACUUCGAUGGGAACUGGACUAAGAUUCAUUCCUGGAUUGUGAAACCUGAAGGCUUCUCUGCAGAUAAGAAAUAUCCCCUCGCUUUUCUUAUCCAUGGUGGGCCUCAAGGGUCGUGGGGAGAUUCAUGGAGUACGAGAUGGAACCCCAAGGUUAUCGCCGAUCAAGGCUACGUUGUAGUGGCUGUCAAUCCCACAGGCAGCACAGGAUUCGGAGACGAGCUUUGUGACCGAAUUCAAAAUGACUGGGGCGGAGCCCCAUACGAAGACCUUGUAAAGGCUUGGGAAUAUGUUCAUGAGAAUUUCGAUUAUAUCGACACCGAUCAUGGCGUUGCCCUCGGAGCAAGCUAUGGAGGAUUUAUGAUUAACUGGAUCCAAGGCAAGCCACUCGGUCGCAAGUUUAAAGCUCUCGUUUCCCAUGAUGGGAGCUUCGUUGCGGCAGCCAAGGUCUCCACCGAAGAACUAUGGUUCAUGGAACAUGAGUUUAACGGCACUUUCUGGGACGCACGGGACAACUACGAACGCUUCGAUCCUUCCGCUCCUGAAAAUAUCCUACAAUUUUCCACCCCAAUGCUCAUCAUACACAGCGAUCUCGACUACCGUCUCCCUGUGGCAGAAGGCAUUUCUCUCUUCAACAUCCUCCAGGAACGGGGAGUCCCUAGUCGCUUCCUCAACUUCCCAGAUGAGAGCCAUUGGGUGGUCAGCCAAGAGAACAGCCUGGUGUGGCAUCAACAAGUUCUUGGCUGGAUUAAUAAGUACUCUGGUAUUGAAGCGAGUAACCCCGAAGCUGUUAAGUUGAGCGACACAGUUGUACCAGUGGUGGAUAUUGAUGCUGGGCCUAAUAAUUAA